UAGAAGUAGAAGAAUUUCCCUUCAGUGCAGUAAAUUCCUUGGUCCCUUUGAGCCAAUACUCACAUGACACGAUGUACAUAUAAUCAUCAUUGUGCCAAAACAUCUAUCUCAUAAUACUAAAUUCACCAUUAAUACCAUUCAUGGUGGUAAAAAGAAAUGGAUCAAGACAUUCUAAUUUGGAACUAGUCUAUAGUACAAACAAUAUUCAUAAACGUGAAAGUUUUCAUACUUCAAUUUUUUCCAUUUUUCUUUUGGCUUUAGAUGGAUAAUGAAGUACCGAGAGUCGAGGUGAAGAAGAUGAAGACGAUCCGAAGAGAUACUGCAGCUGUAUGUGCAAUAGCCCUGCGUAUAACAGGGUCUCUAAUCAACAUGGUCCUGCUCUUAUGGACCAUUCACUCAGGGAUUGAAAUUGCUACUGAAACUGAAGCAUAUAUGGAUUAUGAAUAUAGCCAGUGGGCUUUCCAUGUUGGAGUUGUGACCAUGUUCUUUGGUUUCUUGAUUUUGGCUCUUGGAAUUCCCAUUCUAGCAGACUUGUUUCUAAAAUUGACAGAACAGUUGCAGCAACAAGAGGAGGAAAAUGGCACUCAUCAAGAUGGUUAGUGAAGGAGCGGGGGACGAGGUGAAGAUGAUGAUCCAAAAAGAAAAUACCACAUAUGUACGUGCAAUCACCCUGCGUGUAACCGGGUCUCUAAUCACCAAUGUCCUGCUAAUGUGGAGCAUUCAAUAUGGACUUGAACUUGCUACGCAAACUGAAACAUAUAUUGGUGAAGAGUGCAAUUUCAAUGCUGGAAUUAUAACCAUGGUCCUUGGUUUCGUCCUUAUAUUUGUUGAAAUUCACAUUCUUGUAACCAUGUAUCUAGAAUUUGCAACAGAACAGUGGCAGGAACAAGAGGAGGAAAAUCACCAAGCAGGAAUGUAUCUAGAAUUGGCAGAAAAUUUGGAGCAACAAGAGGACUUAGAGCAGGAAAAUGACACUUAUCAAGAAAGGGAGAUGACAAUCCGUGAAGUUAUUGUCUGUCUUUUUGUGGACGUGAUCAUACUCUUCAUGCUAUUGUGGAUCAUUUUCACUGCACUUGGACUUACAUUGGAACCUAUAGGAGACGGCCAAUACUCUAUACACCAUUACCUAAUAAAAAGCGUGGUUGGAAAUGUCACAGCGCUCAUCGGUUUCUGCUAUUUUGCGUUUGGGGUGGGAAUAGCAGUAGAACUGUCUAGCAUGUUGCAGCCGAAAGAGAAAAAGGGAAGCAGCGUUCAUGAAGAACACAACACAAAUCUUGAGUGUCUUGUUUGAUAUUUCUCAGGAAAAAGUUUGACAUUACAAAUUUG